AUGCCAUACGCUGAGCCAACACAUUCGCCUAUGGCCUCUCCUGUCAAGGAGAGCCCUUUCCACUUCCACCGCAAAGCUCACCACACUCCACCCAAACACAUCGAGGACAUCGACUAUGGUGUUGGUUCCUCCUCUGGACCCAUGCCUGGAAUCCCUCGUCGGAACUCAAGCCACUCUGGUUCAUCUACGCCUCGUCGAGGGAUGUUUGACUCUAUAUCGAAAGCCACCCACGCUAUCAAUUCACAAACAUUUCCCAUCUCACGACCGAUGGAAGGUUUACCCCGAAGAUCACCGUCAUCCUCUGGACCCAGUUCGCACUUAGUGUCAGGCUUACCGCCCGCUGAGAGCAGCUCGUUGGGUCUCAAACUCCAUCCCAGCCCCAUCAAAUCACCACUCCUGCAUCGAGCUGUCCGAGACUCGAUGACCUCGAACUCCACUGCCGAUUCGUCACUCCCCUCGACACCCAGCAGUCCACAUGUCACUCUUCCUGUUCACAUACACGACCCUUCCAAGAAUGGUGAAUCAUCGGUUCCCUUCCCCGCCUUCGACCCAGAGUUCAAACCACCUCCGCGAUCGUCGGCAUCUCGGGGUCUUCUCUCACCAAACAGCAGACCAACCUUAGCCAGCAUGAGAAGAUCCUCCGCUGGUCACGUCAGAGGUGGUCAGAAUUCUACUGGUUCCCUCCAGAUAACCUUCCCACCACCGGUGUCACACUCGGAUGAUUCUUCACCAAUAAUAGGUGGUAGCUCAACAAUGCUUCGGCCGAUCAAUAUGAUCCGAAAGAAGAGUGGUGAAAUAGUGAAACCUUCCCUCAAACAACGAUCAAUGUCAACACCCGAUCUCACUCGUCAAGCACAUGAAUCUCCUACCGAUGAACACGAUAGUCCUCGUGGAUUCGGUGAAGAGCGAUCGAAGAGUGUGAGAUUUGCGGAUGCUAGUGAAGGAGAUGCAAAAGCUCUAGAGAGUGUGGUGCUAUUCCUUAGAGAACAGAAGGUCACGGCUGUAGGGAAAGCCGCAGAUCCCGAAAAUGCUGCUUAUACCGAGACUGAAACGGAGAACGAUACCGAUACGGACUUCGUCCAAUUCCGAACGAGAAGGAAUGCAGCUGCUAAAGCGGCGGAUGAAAAUCAAAUAAUCAUGGAAGGUGCUAGUAGGAUACCUAGGAAGAGAACCGAUUUCUCACCUGAUGCUAGAGGUAGUUUAGCAGGAGAGAAUGUGCUGCUGGAAAGAAUAGAGUUACAAUCUGGUUUAGGGCCCUUAUGUAUGAGAGGAACGGCUGUCGUCAGAAACGUUGCUUUCCAGAAAUGGGUUGCGGUUAGGUUCACACUUGAUCAUUGGCAAACCGUUUCCGAAGUGGCUGGUACCCACGUCUGUCAUAUUCCAGCUGCUACCAGUGGUGAUGAAGGAUGGGAUAGAUUCAGUUUCUCUAUCAAACUUGACGACUAUAAGCGAAAACUUGAAGAGCGUCAAUUGAUCCUUUGCGUUCAUUAUUCAGUUGAAGGUCAAGAUUGGUGGGAUUCGAACGACGGGAUGAACUACAACUUCACCUUCAAGAAGCCCGCACCUCGUCGCAACACUCGGUCGUCUCUGCCUCCAUCUUUAGGCGCCACCUAUACCACCGAAGAGCUGCCUUCAGGUCUCCCAGGCUUAAGGAAGAGCAACGCACCUCCACCUUCAGCGCAUAUCAACAAGGCUUUCGGUGCUCCCUCGUCCGGUCCUGCGUCUUGGGUAUUCCCCAAACUGUCACAACGAAUGAACGGUCAAGUCCAAACCCCAUCUCGACCUGAUUCACCUAUGCAAACUCCACCUCCCAAUUCAUUUAAGCCUCCUGCUCCCCCUUCGACUCACGCUCACCUUACACUUGCCAAGUAUUGUGCGCCUUCACCUCCUCUGUCCCCAACCAAAGAUGCGUCGCCCACAAUGCCUCAAAUCGUCAGUCCGGAAUCGUAUGAUCCUGUAGACUUACAACGAAAGACCAGCAUGAAUGUCAUCAACGGCAACUACGCCACACUAGUAGCUCCUGAUAUGGGUCAUGAGCGAAGAUCGAGUUGGAAUGGUCAAAACAACAGUUGGGAUUCGUUUUCCCAGGCCAUGGAGAACUCAGCUUCGCCCUCCAAAUCCUCCAGUGGCGAUGCCACCCCCACAGCCCAUCGAUCUCCCGAGGUCCCAGAAGAUGAUCAAAACUCGACUCCUGAACACAAACCUCUGACUCUCAAGAGAUCUACUGGUGAUCUCAGAAAGCUCAUGCACGAUGCUGAGAACGCUGAUCUGGGUCUCAUGACUCCUCCAUCGUCAAAUCUUUCUUCGCCACCUACGCCGACCCACACCGGUCUCCCAACUAUACCGAUGUCACCUGCACCAUCAGCUUCAACUGGUGAAUCUUCUCCAGUAGAAACUAUGAGCAACGAGUCGACGCCCGAUCUGGCUUCUUUGUCAAUUGAGAUUGACCCAAAGCAGAAAGAUCAAAAGAAAAUGUUGGAUAACAGUUAUCAGGAAUUUCUCGACAAAUUCUGUUUCUUCCAAUCACCUCGAAUGACACCUGUUGAGCUUGAACCGGUUUACAGUCGACCAUCUUUCGUGCCCUCGAAAGGCGACAAUUCACCCAACGGAUUCCCCUUCUAUGGAACUGGAGGUAAUGGUCACAAUUCACCUCGAAAUACACCUACGCCUACGAGACAGUACAACUCGGCUCAAGAUGCCUUCAAUUUCAACGCUACUCCCCGACCCACCAGCGCUGAUCAUCAACAACAGCAGAAGCUGAACUCUGAUGUAUCAUCUCCGACUAAUCCUCUCGGUCAUUUGGCUCCUGGUUUCCACGCUUCACCGGCUGAUACGAGAGCUUGGGCACAACAGAUCCACAGUAAUACUGCUUCACCUUCGUUAACUGCGGCGAAGUAA